UUUACACAUUCUAUACUUUUUUAUUUAUUUUUAAAUGUUAUAUAUGAUUUUUUUUCUUUCAUAUCUCAACUGCUGUGGUUCACCUGUGACAUAACAGCCUGAGGAUAGGGGUGAGAUGUGGUGGGAGGUGAAGGCAGCACAGGUAGGGGACAGGGAAGGGAGUGAGAGGAGCCCCAGGAGACACAGGAGCAGCGGCGUAGUGUGGUGAUGAGGCUGAGGCAUCGCAGGAGCACUCACAGGCAGCGGAAGCACUGAGUCUCCCCUGUCUGGAGCGCCUCCUACUCGGGCUGUGACUUCAUCCUCAGCCCGGAGCUCCCGACCCGGCACGGCCCCACCUUCUCCCCGCUGGAAGAUGAUUGUUUACCUAACGGGCUACAUUCGCGCUAUUGAAAUCAUCCCAUUUCCACACUGGGAUCUUCAGAGAUAGGAUCCUCCCAUCUUCAUGGAUAUGAAUCAGUCAGACAAAGAAGCACAGAUGUGUGAGAUUCAAGAAGCGGAUUGUAGUAACAGCUACUACCAGCCAAUCGGAAUCGUCGUUCUGAGGACCAAUCAGCUGUCGUUUAUGAGCAGGUGCAAGGUCAUGUUCAAAGGUGGGAAAGGCUGUACCGUAGCUUCUUCAGGAGGUGACAAUAUUCUACAAUGAUUUGUAAUGAGACAAAAAUACUUGAGGAGGAACGACGAGUGAAGGCCAAUGACCGUGACUACAAUGAAAAGUUUAAUUAUGCAAAUAAUGGUAUCAAGACAUCGAAGUACAAUAUCAUCACGUUCCUGCCUAUUAAUUUAUUUGAACAGUUCCAGCGAGUUGCCAAUGCGUAUUUUCUCUUCCUCCUAAUAUUACAGCUGAUCCCUGAAAUCUCUUCGUUGUCAUGGUUUACUACCAUUGUGCCUUUAGUUCUUGUAUUGACCAUCACUGCUGUAAAAGAUGCCACAGAUGACUACUUUCGACAUAAAACUGACAAUCAAGUGAACAACCGUCAGUCACAGGUGCUUCUCAGUGGCAGACUGCAGAAUGAGAAGUGGAUGAAUGUAAGAGCAGGCGAUAUCAUCAGACUGGAGAAUAAUCAGUUUGUGGUUGCUGACUUGCUCCUCCUGUCCAGCAGUGAACCACAUGGCCUUUGUUACGUGGAGACUGCCGAGCUUGAUGGGGAGACUAAUUUAAAAGUCCGGCAAGCGCUGCCAGUAACUGCAGAUCUUGGAGAAAAUAUUUCCAGCCUUGCAGAAUUUGAUGGGGAAAUCCUGUGUGAGCCCCCAAACAACAAACUCGACAAGUUCAUUGGAGCAUUAAUCUGGAAAGAUAGCAAGUAUUCCCUGAAUAAUAGCAAGAUGCUUUUGAGAGGAUGUGUACUGAGGAACACUGAAUGGUGCUUCGGAAUGGUGAUCUUUGCAGGUCCAGAUACUAAAUUAAUGCAAAACAGUGGUAAAACGAAAUUUAAAAGAACAAGCAUUGAUCGGCUAAUGAAUACUUUAGUUUUAUGGAUAUUUGGCUUCCUGGUUUGUAUGGGGAUCAUUUUAGCUGUUGGAAACUCCAUUUGGGAGCACUGUGUAGGCAGUCGUUUCAGAAUCUACCUGUACUGGGACGAGGUGGUGAACAGUGCUGUGUUCUCAGGAUUCCUGACGUUCUGGUCAUACAUCAUCAUACUGAAUACCGUAGUACCCAUUUCUCUCUAUGUAAGUGUUGAGGUUAUUCGAUUGGGACACAGUUACUUUAUCAACUGGGACCGAAAAAUGUUCUACUCUAAAAGAGGAACACCUGCAGAAGCCCGCACUACGACCCUCAAUGAGGAAUUAGGGCAAAUAGAAUACAUAUUUUCUGACAAAACAGGAACACUCACACAGAACAUUAUGACAUUCAACAAAUGUUCGAUUAGUGGAAAACUUUAUGGUGAAGUACGAGAUGAACUGGGUCGUAAAGUAGAAAUUAAUGAGAAAACUGUGCCUGUGGACUUCUCAUUCAAUCCUCUUGCUGAUAGCAAAUUUCACUUUUACGAUCACAGCUUAAUAGAGGCUAUAAAGCUGGAAGAGCCUCAUGUUCAGGAGUUUUUCCGAUUGCUUUCUUUGUGUCACACAGUCAUGUCUGAGGAGAAGAAUGCAGGAGAGCUUAUAUAUCAAGUGCAGUCACCUGACGAAGGAGCGUUGGUCACUGCUGCGAGAAACUUUGGCUUUAUAUUCAAAUCCCGAACACCUGAGACUAUCACUGUGCAGGAAAUGGGGAAAAUUGUAACAUACCAGAUGCUAGCAAUAUUAGACUUCAACAAUGUCAGGAAAAGGAUGUCCGUCAUAGUACGAAAUCCAGAAGGCCAAAUUAAACUGUAUUGUAAAGGAGCAGAUACUAUCCUGUAUGAGAGACUUCACAUCAGUAGUGAGGAUUUAAUGUACAGAACAUCAGAGCACCUGAAUGAGUUUGCAGGAGAGGGCUUGCGGACAUUAGCCCUGGCAUAUAAAGAUCUCAGUGAAGAUUACUUGAAGUGGUGGUUGAAGGUCCUCCAUGAGGCCAGUACUGCUCUGGAUAACAGAGAGGAACGUCUUGCAGCUGUUUAUGAACAAAUAGAAAGUGAUAUGAUGCUACUAGGUGCUACUGCAAUAGAGGACAAGCUACAAGAAGGAGUGACAGACACCAUCGCUAGUCUCCUGCUGGCAAACAUUAAGCUGUGGAUUCUAACCGGCGACAAGCAGGAAACUGCAAUGAACAUUGGUUACUCUUGCCACAUGCUCACCGAUGACAUGAAUGAUAUUUUUAUAGUAUCUGGUCGUACAGUAACGGAAGUGCGAGAAGAACUGAGGAAAGCUAAGGAAGCCACCUUCGGGCAGAGUAGGAACCUUUACAACGGCCAUCAAUUCUCUGAGAAAACAAAUGAUGUCAAGCUAGAAUCUGUGUACGAGGAAACGGUUACUGGUGAAUAUGCUUUGGUCAUAAAUGGUCACAGUCUGGCUCAUGCCCUGGAAGCAGACAUGGAGAAGGAAUUCCUGGAGAUUGCAUGCAUGUGCAAGACUGUCAUCUGCUGCAGAGUUACUCCUCUUCAGAAAGCGCAAGUGGUGGAGCUUGUGAAAAAGUAUAAAAAAGCGGUUACUCUGGCCAUUGGGGAUGGCGCUAAUGACAUCAGCAUGAUAAAAAGUGCGCACAUAGGCGUUGGCAUCAGUGGACAGGAAGGCAUGCAGGCAGUUUUAGCCAGUGAUUACUCAUUUGCUCAGUUUAGAUAUCUACAAAGACUCCUCCUAGUGCAUGGGCGCUGGUCAUACUUUCGAAUGUGUAAAUUCCUAUGCUAUUUCUUCUAUAAAAACUUUGCCUUCACACUAGUGCAUUUCUGGUUUGGAUUCUUCUGUGGGUUCUCUGCACAGACAGUCUACGAUCAGUGGUUUAUUACACUUUUUAAUAUUGUAUAUACAUCACUUCCUGUGCUAGCAAUGGGACUAUUUGAUCAGGAUGUGAAUGAACAAAACUGUAUGGACUACACCAAACUGUAUGAGCCUGGCCAGCUGAACCUACUAUUCAACAAGCGCAGAUUCUUUAUAUGUAUAUUACAUGGGAUUUACACCUCUUUUGCCCUCUUCUUCAUCCCCUUCGGUGCAUUUUUUAACACAGCUGCUGAAGAUGGAAAACAUAUUGCAGACUAUCAGUCCUUUGCUGUCACAGUUGCUACAAGUCUCGUGAUAGUCGUCAGCGUCCAGAUUGGCCUGGACACCAGCUACUGGACAGCUAUUAACCAUUUCUUCAUCUGGGGCAGCCUGGCUGUGUACUUUUCUAUCUUAUUUGCCAUGCACGGAGAUGGGAUUUUUAAUAUAUUCCCCAGUCAUUUCCCUUUUGUAGGAAAUGCCAGAAAUUCUCUAAGCCAGAAAAGCGUUUGGCUUGUAAUAUUCCUGACCACUGUGAUUUGUGUCAUGCCCGUACUGACUUUCCGUUUCCUGAAGGUGGAUCUAACGCCAACACUAAGUGAUAAGGUACGAUACUUGCAGCAGGCUAAGAAGAGACGGAAACCAUUGGCAAACCACAUGCGUAGGGUGCACAGAACUAGCUCGAGGAGAUCUGGUUAUGCCUUUGCUCAUCAAGAAGGAUAUGGUGAACUCAUUACAUCUGGAAAAAACAUGCGUUUCAAUGACCCACAGGCAUCAUCAGGCGUGUCAAAAACUAUGCUGAGCAGUACAAGCUGGAUAGAGAAUCUACGGAAGAAAACAGCAGAAAAUUUUAAUAGUUUCAGCAGUGACAAAACUUCAAAAUUAUGAAAUACGUAACCAUAGUUGGGGCAAUUGAGUUUUUUGGGUUUUUUUUUUUCAAUUUUAGUUUAUUUUCCUUCAGUUGCCAUAUGUUUUUUUCAUUGUGUCUUUUUAAAAACCAAAGGGAGAUAACCUACAUCUCCUAAUGCUGGUCUACAUUACGGGCUGUCUUAGCACGCAACAUUGGCCAUUGGACUAUGGAAAUGCCAUUCUGGAAAACGUUCCUUGGCAAAUCCCCAUUCUGUUCCAAACACUGCUGGAGAGUCACUGUAACUGAACAGCUGUGAACGUCCAUACUGUGAUCUAGAACACAGCACUGUAGUCAUUUUCUGACCAGCAACUCUUUAUAAAUGUCACAGGCAUUUGCUUCUAACCAAUACCGCACAAUGUGCUGGAAUGUUUUUAGGUCUUUAAAUGUUCAUUAAUAGUAAACAAAGUUUUAGCUUGACCAUUUAUAGUGUCAAAUCCAAUGUUAUACUGUUAUUCCAUAUGUACAGCAUAUUCAAUGCAAAGUAUGUUUUUUUUUUAGUUCCAAAAUGAUUUUCUAUUUAAUUCCCUUGAAGCAGGGUAAUAGUCAUCUGUGCACAACAAUGCUGCUAUUCAUGGUCGUCGGAGAAUAACUUCUCUGCCUGGAAAUUGAUCGCUCUAUUUACAGCUGUCACUGGCGUUCAUUUCGGGAUUUGAGAGUUAAAACUACAACAGAAGAUUUAUGUAUUUUUUUUCUACUCCUCUCUAUCCUAACUUACUGCCUGUCAUGUUGAUUUGUAUAGUAGAUGUCCCAUUAGAGAGCAAUAUAUAACUUUGACAUAGCCAGUGUUUAGUGUGUGUAAUAAUACAGAAUAUACGGUUAAGAUUUGUUCCAUGUGGGACUUACAACAUUCCUUCCAAUACAAGAUGAAUGUCUGUUACAUUGCUGCAUUUCCAGCAUUAUGAAUGUGAGAACAGGUGUUGUCAAUCAGGUGAUUAGUGGCCCAGUUCCAAAUAUUGUUCUAAAUAAGAGUCUUAGUGGCCAGCGAUGAUUGGAAUUGGGGAAAUUAAACAUCUUCAAAAUGCCCGAUUGGGAUUUUUAAAAACAUUUAAUAUUCCCGAUUACCAAACCCGGUUGUCGGAGGAUCGGUAAAUUGCAGCAAUUAACUGCUGAUGUAUGGUGCCAUUAGUGAGAGAAAAAGUGGAGAAGUUGCCGUCAUCUUGUAGCCGGUGCUACAUACAUGAUAGCUAAAAGUUUAUUGAUUGCAAUGGGCAACUUCUCCACUUUAGCUGUCUCUGAGGUUUCAUACUUCUCCCCCAAUCUAAAAUCGAUGCAGUAAUAGAACCAUAUAGAAAAUGGAAGCAGUAAUAAAACCAUAUAGAGUGGUCCUUUCAAUCAGUUAUCGCCUGAUAAGAUCACUUUAAUUUUGUAAAGAUGUUAUUUUUUAUUAGAAUGGAAAUAUUAUAUUGCUGACUUACCUGCAAGGAAGACAGAUAAUUACUCAGGGGGACAACCAUUCAUACAAUGCUUGCGGCUGUCUAGGAACACACAUCAUUGGUGUUAAAAGUGAAAUGAUAAAUCCAUUUGUGCAAGAGUGGAGUAUAUUGUGCUGCAGACAGUAUCACCAGCCCUACAGGAAGGCAUUAUCACAAUUCACUAUAAAGCACUAAAAAAGUUUUUCAGCAUGGUUUGGGAUUCUUUAGACUUGAUGGAAUACAUUCAGUGUGACUGAAAUAUCACAAAUCCAGAACAAUACUGGAAUUUAUAGCUAUGAUGCUAUAAUAUUGGUUAGAUUGUCUCAAUGGUCUGACCAAGCAACAUUUGAGCUCGCCAUCAGUAGUUGACAUAACUGAAAUGGACUGAACCUGGGUAAUUAAGUUAUUUUUUUCUUACAUAUAGUAUAUUUUACAAUGCUACUGCAGUAGCAGCAACAACAACUAAAACAGUGUAUGUAUUAUGCCUACCCAGAACUCCAUGUAAUAAUGACAAUCUGUUUUGCUUCUGUCUGCCUGCUUUUUGUACCUUUCCACUAGGAGAUCCCACAGUAGAGGUGCAUGAGACAAGUGUGCGAUGAGGAAUAACGCAAUUUGCCCCAUCCCGCGCAGCAAUGAGAUAUGCACAGCAAAGGGUGGGGUAUUAUGUUGCUUUUGGCAUCGUAUUGCUCAGUCAAGGCUCCACCAACUUUAGAAGAAAGUGAAACGGAAUCUGGGAGGGUGACCAACUGUGCAAUAAGGACCCCCCAUGUCCUGGGCGUCUGCUUGGCAUUCCAGUAGAGUAGGCAAUAUGACUUAUCAAUACAAGCACACCUAAGCUGUUCAUGUAGGCGGUGGGCAACUACAGAAAAAGUGUACAUGCACUUUGUCCAUCAUUCUUCCUAACUUGAUUACCCUGCUACUGGUGGACCAUAGAGAUGUGCAGCCAUCAGUAACAGUUACCCCACUGUGCAGCACUAUUAGAGGUGUUUGCUCUCAUUUUGUUCCCUCUGAAAAAUCAUAUAAAGUUGCUUCAACCACCGCAUGCAGCCAUCCACAAUUAUUUUCUAUUGCAUGUUGUAGCUGCAACAAACAGGUAUUUCUAUCUGUUUUGUUUUAGUGAAGACAGCGGCACCUAAAGUAGGAGUAGGUCCAACUAGAAGGUGCAGUUUUGCACCUUGUUAAAACCUUGUUGCACUGCACAGGGGAGGGAAUGUAAAAUGUAUGGACAGAUCUUGACGCCCAGAUUCAGAGAUGGCCGCUAAAUGCACAGUACCUGUGUCUUUUUUGUGCAUUGGUGUGAUUCGCUGCUGUAUCCGUAGACGCAGCAUCAGAUCAUCUGUGUGAUCCACAGGUUACUCAGGAUGGCCGUGUUAUUCACGAUUCUGGAGCCAGAUGCCAGGCUGCAUAAACAAAGUUGGAUAACAAUAGUUUGGUUUUACAGAUUUUCUCCUCACAGUAGAGGCAGCAAUGGCUGUGCUGAGACUAUACAUUCACUACUUGCUAUCAGUACAGAGGCACAAGGCACAAUUUCAUCAGUUCUUAGUAAAUGAUAGUGUAAUAUUGGUUCAGCCAACAAAAUGGCUGGCUCAACUAUUUGUUAUGGGUCCAACUUUAACAGUUUCAGUCUUAUAUUUGAUUUUAUUUAGUGCAAGUAUUGUUUAAUUCCUAGCAUUAUUAUUGAUCAAUAUACCUGGAGGUGUCUUGUGUCUUUAAUGUCCAGUGCUAUUCAAUUACAAGCCCAUUUGCUUGCGCUGUAAGAUUGCGACUAACAUGAGUAAACACAUAGAUUCUGGGUUAAGUGCAGAAAGCCCUACGUAAAUUCAGGCUGUGGCUUACCGUGAUCUGCAAUUGAAUAGCCUCUGGCACUUAACCCAGCAGCUACAAGGCUGCGGUAUGCACAGUGAGUAACUGAGUCUGGCUCUUAACAUGCAACAGAGAAGUUGUGCUGGCUAUAUGGCUGCAAAGCUCUUUAUACAAAGAAUAUCGGGGGGGGGGGG